GAGACAGAGGGAGGUGGAGGAGAGGAGAGACGACCGACGAGACGAGCAAUGUGGAUCGAGCGGUCUCCGUCUCCGUCGAGAAGAGCUCGACGACGGCAGGCGGUCGGUUUCCUCAUAGAAGCAGCUCAGCAACUGGAAGUGUCUCCUAUGGUGAAGUACACAGCGCUUUAUCUCUUUGCCUGCCGAUUUUGGCCAUCGCUGAUUCGGUCCGGAGAAGCUAAUAUUAUCAGGCAUUGGCUGCUGCAACCCAUCGAAGAGAGCAAUCUGCAAUUGUUUGCCCUCAUCUCUUUGUGGAUUUCAAGCAAAAUACAUAACUCCAGGCCGCUGAUGCUGAAAAGCUUGAAGUCUCUGGCAGACCAUGUAAUCAGAGAUCAGCAUUUCACCAGGCGAGAUUUUUCGGAAGCAGAAGUGACCUUUCUGCAGGUGUUGAAUUUUGAAAUUGGCAAUGCAAACAAUGUUUUCAUGUGCCUUGAGGAGCUCUAUUUUCAGUUCAGGGAAGUUGCAAAAGUCGGUGAGCAUUUGAACUUCGAAGCAUGCUUAGAUGUAAUGGACCUUUUGUAUGAGGAGGAUACUUCGAUUCUUCACUGUUCUCCGUGUUCUCUUGCUGCAGCAGUCCUCGUUGCUUCCUAUCUCAUCACGGUUCCGAAACAGAGGUGGGAAUUUCCCAUUCUUUCUUGGGUGAAGUUUUUGACUGCUUGCGAAGAGGAAGAAAUCAUGGAACUCAUUAAGUACCUUCUGAAGCAUGUCUUUGGGCCUGUGCUAGUUGAGAGAGGCACUAGCUGAGUGAGAUGGGGUUGAUCUCAAUAUCAGCAUCGUCAUGGUGGUGGAUUUGGGAAACAACUUCCUCCUCCGUAUGUUGGGCUAUGAAAUCCUGAUCAGUUCAUCUGUCAGGGAUGAUUCAGAGACAAAUACAUCUCAAAAUCUUGCCUGCCAAGAAACUUUUACUGAUAAUACGCUUUGAAGUAAUAACAUGAUUCGAAGUUGGCUUAAGAAAUUAGUACUCGUAACAAGAAAAGUUUCAUUUCAUUGUUCAAGAAAAUGUUUCAACAUAAGCACCAAUAUUCUUAUCCUCCUGAUGUUAUCGUAAUCAUAUAUAUAGUCUAUAGCAUCCAUUCUUUUGCAUUCUUCCAUUCCCUGAUCAAUAAUAUCUCUUAUGCUGUAUGAUCUUUCUUGAAAACCCAACCUCGUUCUUGGUAACCGUCCUCAGUUCCUUCCUGCUAGGUAAAUAGAUUCCAGCUUUUGACGAGCGGCAAUAGAGGUCAGUCCUGCAGCAGCCAUACCCAAUUUGGGGCUGUUGUUGACCUACACUGGUGACAACAGAAGGCACUGUUACCUUCUUCAAGCAAUGAAUUGUUCAGAAGCAGUGAAAUUUGCAAAGCCGUGGAAUUUAGAGCAAGCUCUGAGUCGAGGGAAGCCUCCCAUGUAAAUUGCGAUUUCCUUCCUCCACAAAGGCACUACAUUAUGUUCCUUCUUGAAUUUUAAAGGAAGAUUACUGGAGAUGUUUCAAAGUGUUGUUAACAAAUAACGGCACCAGCUUCAGAAUUUCCAUGUUACUGGAGAA